CGCGUUCUGAGGGCUUUCAUGACUCCUGCUUUCCGUAGUAAGACCGAAGGGGGGCGGGACCGGCAUGGCGGCCAAGAUUCUGAAGUAUGCAGCCCUUCCUGCUGCUGCUGCUGUUGCAGUGGGUUUGGGCUCAUUCAGGAUUUAUUCCAUAAAUGAGAAAAUAAAUGAGGAGCUAAUAUCUCCAAGAGAGUUGUCUGUCUACUCCCCAGAUGGUCCUGCUGUGCGGUUUGUGGAGGAACAGCCUGGUGUAGUGCAGACGGGGCUGGGGGCCGUGAGGGUGGGCCUGCAGCCAUACGUCAGAGUAGUGCAGAACACCUUCACUUCAGUCAAAGUUGGAGUUAUAUCUGUUUACCAUGCAGGGCAAGACUCGUAUCACUUCCUUCGAGAUCCACCUCCUGGCUUCCUGCCUAGAGUGGGUGUCAUCAGUGUGUCCGGAUUGGGUGGCCUGAUACUGGCACGCAAGGGCUCUCGUUUAAAGAAGAUUUUCGUUCCUCUUGGUCUGGCUACCGCUGGUACUGCAGUAUGUUACCCCACACAGACUGUUGGAGUCCUGAAGAUUACUGGUAAAAAGGUGUAUACUGUCAGUUCAUCUGUUGCUUCAAUGUUUAAAUCCAAACCAAAGGAAGAUGUCACCAUGCCUGUUGUUAGCAUGGAGUCUGCUGCCGCUGUAACAAGCUCAGAUACAGAAUCACCCGCUAAAGAACUCCCGCCCGAGUCUGAGCCGGCUGCUGCUGUUCCAGAUCAGGAUGUCACACCAGUAACACAAGUUGUCCCAUCAGUGGAUUUAGCCCCAGUAGCAGAUGUGUCAGGAGAUUCUGUAGAACCUCCUCCUGUUGUUGAUGUAGCAUCUGGAAUCGCUGCCCCACUCUCUGAAUCUGAAUCUCCCCCUGCACCUGCUGUAGAAACUGCCCCUGAGCCUGUCCUAGAUGCACAAUCCACCCCUGUUCCUGAGCCGGCACCUUCUGCUGAAAUGGAUAUUACUCCAGUUGUGGAGUCUGAUCCUGAAAUUGUCCCAGAAACUGCCCCUGCUGCUUCAGAACUUAAUGUCCCUGCACCUACAGUUGUUAUAGAGGAGGCCACGCCCUCAACUACACCUACUGUAGAGGAAACCACACCCCCUGAAGAAGCCAACUUAACCACAGCAGACGAGGAACCCACUUCUGUUGCCCCGCCCCCUGCUGAAAAAGCCAUUCCUCUGACACCUCCCCCAGCUGAGGAGGCCCCGCCUUCAUCUGAACCUUCUGUAGAUGAGCCAGCCACAGUGAAGUCACGGUUUGUUCCUGACCCUUCUCUACUUGACCACGGCCAGUCUAAUCCAGAGGACGCAGACAUGUACAGCACACGGAGCUGAAUGAGUGACGGAGAAACUGCACAGAGAGAAAAAGAUGGAGCAUAUGAUGAGAUGUUUUAAUGUGCCAUGAUUCCAGCAGUGUUUGAUCGCUUUGUAAUUAGGGUAUUUAGGUUUUACCAGUGAUGUGGAGGAAGGUAAUGUCACGUUUCUUUCUUUCUGUGCUGCCUCACACUUGUGAGAACUUUCUUACCUCAGCAGGGAUAUCAAACACACACAAAGCCACAUUUCUGUGUUAACACGUUAUCUACAUUUUGUUGACGCUAUGGAGGAAAACCCAGGGUAACAGUACUUUAAUAAAAAGCCUGUGGUCCCUUAGUUUAAUCUCCAGAUUUAUUUCUGACCUCAAUUCCUGUAGCAACAGGAAUUCUGUGCUCAUUUUAUACUGUGAAAAAAUUACAUCUAAAUCUGGACCACACACAAAAAAAAACUUUUUAUAUGACAUUUGAUGUGUACAUGUAUUUUCUAAAAUACAUUUUACUGGGGUUAGGAGUAAAUAUAUCAAGCCUUAUCUGUGUUUGAAAUUGAAAAAAAAAAGACUAAAAUAAUCUCAGAAUUUCUGAUAACAGCCGUUCAAUCUUGACCCAUUUCAAAAUAAUAGUUCACUCUGCAUCUUUAAUUUCAAAAUAUUUCAAACAUGACUCAGUGGUAACUGCUUUGCAAUUGUGGGAUUGUCCAGCACCAUUUUGGACAGUAUUUCUUAAAGGGCACUAAUGUGUUUUU